CGCGAAACCAACGCACGGAGAAGAGCGUUGCGGAUUCCACCCCUUCUCUUCCCUCUUCCGUCUUCUCCUUCCAGUCUCGCCACUGUCUCCAGCUCUGGUUUGGGAUAUCCGGCGCCUGUUAGGAGCGCAGGGAGUUGCCGGCUGCGUGGGGUUCCUCCUCCAGAGUCCAGCUCUGUCGAUCGGGUUUGGCCACCUGUUUCACUUGAUCUCUGCUUCUAUCCUCAUCUAUCAGAUCUCUUUCUCUUUCCCCAACGAAAGGAAUAAAAAAUCUCGUCUUUGGACUGAAUCUACUAUCAAGUUGGCUCCUUGGAGCUCUGCUGAGCUCGCCAUCUGGUCUUCUGUUUGCGUGAUGUUAGGGUAGAUGAUCUCGUGCCAAAGGCGGCUCCUUUUUCUUUAGUUUGAUCAGCUACAGAUCAAGACUUCCUCAGCUGAUUUCUGGGAACUGAUAGGCAGAGAGGAGGCAGAGAUGGGAGCUGAUCAUCUUAGUGAGGUUGGAAGCUGCUACGGGAUUGAGGAUGUUGCAUUGGAUGAAGAAACGCCAUCCGGUAGCAACGGCUUGCGUACUCGACACAAGUGCCCUGAGACGGGCAAGGCCAAGCAAGCAACGGUUCAGGAGGCGGUGCCUCCUGGUCCGGGGGCUGAGCUUGUCGCAGACCGACACGCCAAUAUCAAAUCCGAGAUUUGCCCUCUCGACGACGAUCACAGAUCUGUAUCGAAGGCCAGCGAGGGGUUCGGCAGCUCCAAACGAAAGCAUGCAAGCAAAGGCGGAUCGGGGAUCCCUACAUGCCCGGAGUGCGGGAAGACGUUUGCUUCAGAUAAGGCACUUUUUGGCCACUUGCGGUGCCACCCGGAGAGAGAUUACAGGGGAGCUAAUCCGCCACCGGGCUCACGGAAGCAGCCGAAGCCGGACGCCGGUCCUUCUGCCGCGAGAGAUCUGCCUGCGAAAAAGUGGCAGACGACCGCGAGAAGAGGUCGACAAGGGACGGCCAGCGGCGGCGGCGACGCCGAAGAUCUUUUAGAGUCUGCUGCCAUGACCAUAUUGCGUAUGGCACAUGCAGAGCACCGGGGUCGGGCCGCAAUCACUGCUGAGGAGGAAGGAAGUCAGACGAAACAACUUCAGCUCACUCAGUAACGGAAGCAUCUGCCUUGACAUCCUAUAGGAGCGGUGGAGUCCUGCUCUGACAAUAUCCAAGGUGAAUGUACUUGACAAUAUACUUUAACGCACCAAAUAUCAACAGUAACAGUAACGGAAGCAUUUGAUAUCUUAAAGGUCAAUGUACUUUAACGAACCAAAUAUUUAGUAGAAGGUGAAUG